GCAACCUGCAUAUGUCAGGGUUGACAUCUUGCCUCUGUGACGUUCAUGGAAGUCUGAUUUAAAAAAAAUGUUAUUUCUAUUAAUAAUUGGACUUGUGUUGCUGCCGUGCGAUGUGUACUGUGGAUUCUUCUGUGCCCAGUUCCGACCAGGGCGUUUCCGAGCGACGGUCUCCGAGUCAGCGCCGACAGGAACGGUGAUCGGGACAGCCAUCGCUGAAUCCAACAAUAACUCGUCAAUGUACAUCCUCGAAGGAGAUACAGACGUCAUCCACUACGACAAUACAACGGGCAACAUCGUCACUAAAAAAGCAGUGGGCGAAUUCAGGGGACAGACGCUCCAAUUGAAAGGAAAAUGUAACGAAUACAUCCCGACAUUGGUGUAUACCAUCACUCUUGAUGGGGUGAUUCAGGUGGAAGUUGAGGACGAGAACGACCCUCCCGUGUUCCUCAAUCUGCCCCACACCAUCAGCGUGCCAGAGGCAACCACUGCUGGCAGCAUCGUGUAUGUAGUUGACGCCGCCAAUCCCACGGACGUCGAUCCUUUCUUCAACAUCGAGAUCUAUAGUAUAGUCAACGUCACGGCGGUAGACAGAUCAGUGACCCUCGACAAUGUGUUCCUGAUCGACACCCUCGGCCGUGUCCGACUGGUCAACCCGCUGGACUACGAAGAGGGACACAGACAGCUGCACAUAGCGCUGCAGGUUAAGGACCAUGGCAACCCUCCAUUGACAGCCGAGUCAUAUCUCCACAUCUUCGUCAACGACAGUGACGAUCAGACUCCAAAGUUUCAACAUAAAGUCUACACGGCGUCUGUCAUUGGCGAGAAACCAGUGAUUGAAGAGUGCCACCCAACUCGUCCAGCACUGUUCGCAGAAGACCAGGAUCCGGUGAAGAAGUCCUUGGUUCGAUACAGCAUCAGAGAUGGUUUGGACUAA